UUGUCGCGCGGGAUGGUCGUCUGCUCUUGCUUUCCCAAGUUAUCGCACCUACCACAGCUUCUGGGAAAACUAGAUGUAAAGAAUUGAAGGAGUGGUGUUCUUGAGAUAACUGUGAAUUCAUUUUGACCACAGGAACUUGUGAAAGAGCGGUUUCUCAGUCAUCUCUCUCGCCGCGAAUACAAGCAGCACUGAACAGCAGCAGUAGCCAAUGAGAGAAGCUUGCGUGGACAUGGUGCAGUAUUUAAAUGUAUCUAGCUGAAAGAAGGGCACCUAUGUAACGACACGUGCAGCGCGUGUCAGGUAUUGGAAGCGCGCGUCAGGACGGCUCUUGGUUUGGUGUCAUGUCUACAAUUCGCCGGGCAUACAUGGAGAUAUCAAAUGGUAUUCGGGGCCUCCGCCUCCACCGCGAACAGUCGUCCCAAGGCGGAGGGUCUUCCCUUAAAGAGACUCUACACCGAGCCACCAAUGGCUCUCCGCUCAAUAACGUCAGGUUGACGCGUUCACCCAAAGCCGGAUUUGUGAAACGAAUUCGGACUAUGAGCGGAAAAGCUGCACAUAAAACUAUCCAGGAUUUGUUCAUGGAUGAGUCGUUUUUGUCCAAAUUUUUCUUUUACUUUUCUGCCGAGGAAAGAGGUGUGUUGUCACGCGUGUGUAGACGUUGGAAGCAUAUCCUUUAUAACACGAAGUAUUGGGCAGAGGUCAUGCCAAUCAUAUCCUACCGUGACUGGACAAAGGAUAUGGUGGUCAGGAAACAGGUGUACGACAGCCUUCACCAAAGAGGGUUCGAUGCUGUGUGUUUGUUCGGCGCCACCGACGAAGACAUUUCGGAUUUUGUGAACAAUUUCCCCCCCAGUAAGAAGCAUCUUAGGUCAAUAAGCGUUCGCUGUGCCAAUGUCACAGACGCAGGUUUGGAGGUCCUGUUUAAAAAGAUGCCGUGUAUUUAUCGGGUUGAAAUUUCCGGGUGUAAUGAGAUUACGGAAACCGGUUUAUGGUCUUCACUCAACCCUAAGAUAGUGUCCCUUAGUAUUAGUGAUUGUAUCAACGUAGCAGACGACACAAUUGGCGCCAUUUCCCAGCUUCUACCAUCCCUCUACGAACUGACCAUCCAGGCCUAUCACGUGACAGACGCAGCAUUGGCCUUUUUCAGUGCGAAGCAGAGUUAUACGUUGUGUAUCCUCAAACUACAGUCAUGCUGGGAAAUCACCAACCAUGGAAUUGUAAAUAUUGUGCAUUCCUUACCCAAUCUGACCGUCCUAAGUCUUUCAGGGUGCAGCAAGAUCACUGACGAUGGUGUGGAACUUAUUGCGGAGAACCUUCGUAAGUUACGCGUUCUCGACAUUUCGUGGUGUCCCCGGAUAACGGACGCAUCGCUCGAAUACAUCGCAUGUGACCUUGGACAACUCGAGGAACUGGUGCUGGAUAGAUGUAAUCACGUGACAGAUAUCGGAAUCGGGUACGUGUCAACGAUGACGUCACUGCAGAAGUUGUACCUCCGAUGGUGUACGCAGGUGCGGGACUUUGGACUGCAACAUCUUUACUCCAUGCGAAAUCUCAGGGUGCUGUCGCUGGCAGGUUGUUCCCAGAUUUCCACCAAUGGCCUGUACGGCUUGACGAGGCUCCACAACCUCCAGGAAUUGGAGCUCACAAACUGCACCAGUGCCACCAAGACAGUCUGUGAUUUCCUCAGGGACAACAUGUUCCGCUGUGCAGUGCUCGACUGACAAGAGGGACAAGCUAUGGCGUGAAGAAUCUCUAUUCCAGGACUUUGAUUUGAUUGACAUUGUGGUGAUGGUAUACCUAUUCUGUACAAGUUUACCAUACUCUGUACCGGUCGUGAUGUGUCCAGGUCAGUGUCCACCUGAAAGGUUGAUGUUGUGGAGUGUAAGUUAUGCUGGUGAAAUCGUGACCCUUUCAUCCAAGACUAUGGAUGCCCGUGUUGGAUAUAAUGAUUCACGUGUGUGAGAGCAAUCUGAUUCGCUUGGAUGUGUAUUAAUGGUUUAGACGUCCGAUGGAGCUAUACAGACAUUGUGUGUUGCCCUGCGUAUUACAAGCGACCCGCUUCAUCAUGAUCCCCUUCAUCGUGGCCUCUUCCAUCAAAGCCUCCUUCAUCGCAGCCUCCUUCAUCAAGACCUUCAUCAUAACCUGCUUGGCAGCCAACACCUUGUCCUCGUCUGUAAUCAUCAUGCCGUGUAACUGGGUACCUGUCUUGCACACAAAGCAUGAGCAAUGGGUUUCACGAAUUGAACGAAUUUGUCCUCUGACACCUCUUGGAAUGUCUGUUUCUGUCGUUGAUAUGAAUAAUGGUACAGGCUGUUCUUCUAAAACGUGUUUCUUUCGGUGAGUAGUUUAAGCCGAGCAACAUGCCUAGCAGUGGCAUUGUAUCAGCAUACAGCAUUCCCUUAGGAAUAUACUUUCAUGGGACUCCUCAUCACCUCACGACGCUUCCCACAAGGGAAGACAACUCUCAUUGUAUUCAUCAGGACCGUACAUGAAUGUUUCAUGAACGACCAGGUGGUUUUGCUAUUGUGAUUCUGAUUGGGAUUGUAUACAUCGUCAAUUCUUCACGGGUUUGCAUACACUACGUUCCUCAAACACCCAUGAAUACAUGCUGUUUUGAAAUGUGUCAAAUAUUGGCUGUCUCUUUUAAAUAUGCAGGAAUCCCGCUUACCCAAAACAUGUUACAAUAUGAUGCGCGUGUACGAUGUACCUGGCCACGUAAAUUGGGUAACGAACCUUAAAACUGUUAUUUUUAGAUUAGGAUUUGGUGAUGUCUGGUUCUUUCUUACCGUUCUUACGUCAACGGUUAAAAGACAACUUUUUUCAGGUUUGGCAAAGUGAUUUAUCUGAUUGCCCCAAAAAUGGCUUAUCAUGCACAGUUUAAAAUAUCCAUUGAGAGUAGUAUUACUGUAAAUAAAUUCAGAACCACAUUGAUUCGUUUUCGGCUUAGUUCUCACAAUUUAGAAAUUGAACGUGGACGACAUUAUAAAAUUCCUCGUGAAUUUAGAAAAUGUAAAGUUUGUAACUUAAACCAUAUCGAAAAUGAAUAUCCCUUUUUUGUUAAUUUGUCCAGCUUAUAGCCAUCUUAGGCAAAGUUACAUAAAACUAAAUUUUACAUCUUUCCAAAUAUUCUGAAGUUUAAUACACUACUGUCAUCGAGAGACCCUAUUAUCAAUAUGAAUACAGCAAAGUACUUGUUUUAUGGCAAUACUGUAAGAACACAAAUACCCCAACAUGUACAAUGUGCAAUUAUGUUAAAACUGCUUUUGUUAAAAAGCAAUCAAAUGUAUUAUAUCUUAUGCUGUUUGCACCUUAAUUGUAUUUCGUCUGUACAAAAAGGCCCGUGGAAUACAAGUACUGAAAUAAAGUGAAGGUAUGAACCCCACCAGUGCCAACUAUUGAAGCAAUGAGUAGAACAGAAGGCCGCAUGGCUGUGACACGUGUUGCACGAGGAAUAUUGCUGAUGUGCGAUGUAAUCUGGAUACUCAUUAGUCAGCCCUAAGGGAACCACGUUAUUCAGUCACGGGUAAUGGAGGAACGACGUGUCCACUAAACCUGUUAAGACUUGACGAUGGUUUGUAUAAGGUUCCAAACAGUUUGCCUUAAGGUGUAUUUUGUUGGCUGUGAUAUCAAUCCUUUGUUUCAUAUUAAGUUGGCACGUAUAUGUAGUUAUUUAUGUCUACCUCAAUUUCACGUCUACCUGUUCUAGUUGUUUCAUUGUUUGUAUCAGAAUGUUCAGUUGUCGGUGUUGAUAAUACUGGAAAAACACCCCUUUAAGUGGGGUGUUUUCUAACGUAUAAAAUACGAAUGUGUUUGUAAAAUAAAAUCUUUUAGUGGAAUGUUGAUACUCUUAACCGGAUAAAGAAAUACUACUUUAAACAUAAUCCCUUUAAAUGGAUGGUCGGCGCUGCUUCUUUAUACAACACUCAGAACAUUAUUGUAUCCAGAGCCUUAACAAGUGUAACAUUUAUGAAUCUGAAACGUAAUGAGACACGUUAUGGAGAAAGUUUAAUAGUAAUCGAAAAGAGAUAUUCAGUCGUCAUGGCAACUUUAAUCCGAUCUCUCAACCGCUCCUGCAUUCAAAAUUUAUUGAAAAGGUAGGAUUGCAUUUAAACAAUCAAUGUAAUGUUCGACUGAAAGAUAUACUUUCUCGUAUGUGGCACACGUUUCAGUAAUGUCGCGAACACUGUUGUUGUAUUAGGAAUCAAUGCUAACGAUAACCACACAGACUAAACAUUAAUUGUUUUACAUGCAUACAUGCUAGAACAGGCGUAACUAUAUUUAGUUAGACUGUUAGGCAACCGAUGAGAACAUAUACCUAUAUGUCCCUUAUAUAGUACCUUUGUACACACCUCAGUGGCCACAGGCACUGCACUUCCCUGUGCACGUUUUCUUCCCUUAGCCAUGCCAGGAUCCGGUGUUUUGGGUUAGAAUUCUUCAUUAUCACCCUUGGUCCGUCAGCACCAUUACAGGAUUCGUGGGUUCCACCAAAGUGGUAAACGUCUAAGUCAUGUUGUGACGUGGAUCGACGUACACGACUUGGACCUGGCACUGAUCGUGAACUAAAAUACUGUUCAAAGCGGCGUUAAACCAAACUCACUCACUCAUGACAUUAAAAUUGUUUUUACACGUCCCUUCCUUCCUCGCAGUGCGGCGUAAAACAAUGCUUGUUUUAUUCAAAACAAAUUCUCGCAGACUGACAGAAAAUCGAAUGGCGCAAUCCCUGAUGGAGAUACUUCUCUGUAGGAAGAAUCAAUAUGCCCUAAUUAGAAUAUACUCAAGCUCUUAAAUCCUCAUGGCACUUGCUAACUGUACAAAGUGACGGACUCUCGUAUUUGAUAAUUCAGAAUAUUAUACAGCUAUUUGGUAGAAAAUUGCGGAGAAGCUUUCUAAACCAAUAUGGUAGACCGAACAUAAACGCAGUUUUUAAUAAUAUUGAAAAGUUAAAUUGUUAGUUUUUGUAUUUUGUUGUGUUAACGAGUGCGUAGCCGUGAUGAUUGACGUUGAGCUGUGUUAACUAGAGCGCCGUGUUGACUGAAGUGCACCUGUGUUAACUAGAGCGCCGUGUUGACUGAACUGCAUCCGUGUUUACAAGAGCAAAAGUGUGUCGACUGAAGCACGGGUGUAUUGAGAUGAUGCGUUUAUAUUGUGGCUGCCUCCACACCAGAUACUGGAAGAUGCUCAAUACAGCUGGUGAACAAAGCUCUUUCAAGGUUUAUGAUUGGAUCAUGAAUCGUAGUUUUUAGCAGGUCGUAAUCUCUAAGGUUUCCGGUGAAGAGUAUUGGUUACCAUUGUUUCAAUGGGGAUUAUUUUAGUUCAGUUAUCUGUUUUUCUCUACUGUAAACACCGCCUUUUAAUGUUUUGCUGUUACGAGUAAGAAGGAAUGGCAAUAGACAUUCUUUAGUAUUUCUUUCUCCUGUCUUGAGAGUUCUAUAAACUGCUGAUGUUGGCAAGUGUCGUUGCGUUUAACAAUUGCGUGAGUGGGUGGGUUUAGCGCCGCUUUGAACAGUAUUCCAGUUACAUCACGGCUGGCUGCUUAAUUAGGAAGGAAUGCCCGAAAUGACAUGUCUCAGAACUUUUACCACUUUGGUGAAACCCAUGAGCAAGGGUAUGGCGCCGACAAACCUAGAAACAUAAUCAGGUCGAACCGAUUCGAAUUCACGAUCAUAGGUUUCUGGCGUGCCCAAGGGACUCCGUCGUGGAAAUUCUGUUUACAGAUAGGGCUGAGAUUAUUCAUGCAAAGGCUCUGUUUCAGUUUUUAUAGGCCUUGUAGAGGAGGUGUCGAAAAUGUAAUAGUUUGCGACUGACGGACAACGCGCCAUGACAUGAACUAACUUGACUUUCCGUCAACAGAGCUAUAUCGUAAUUGGAUAACAACAAUGGCCAGUCAUUAUGAAUAGUAUGAUAGUUGCGCUUGAAGAUGCUAUUGUUAUGUCGCGGUGACAACUAGGUGGGAUGAACGCCCGAAAGUCCGAAGUAAUUUCUUAGACGUUUACCACUUCAGAUGAACUCAACAACCAUGCCAUGCUUGAGGGGAGCAACUCUGCACACCUAAUUGCGGCGCCUUAGACAACUUGGCCAUCCGUGUCCCCUUAUCAAAAUGAGAGCAAUGCCGUAUGCAGAUAUUUCGUGGAUUGUAUGGAGACCGCCAUGAAUUCGAAGGUGAAUUCUUCCAUUGUUGUCGACACUAAUUGCGAAGCGUCCCUUAUUUGUGCUAGGAUAGUCGUGCAUGGUCGUGCAUCCGAAUCCCACAUUUGCUUCAAAAAUUAUCCUCAGUUAAAGGUGCAGAAAUUCACUGAUUCUUGUUCUUUUAUCGUACCAGGAUCCACUGAUCAUGCGUUCGAAUCCAAUACUCACUCCUGAUCCUUGAUCUGUGUGCGCCAUACCCGUGCUCACUGAAUAGAUGAACGUCGGCAACAUUGUUUACUUCGGGCUUUCCUUCUCGACAAUCGCUGCCAUUUCGUAAAACAACUGAAAUACUGUUCGCAUCUGCGUUAAACCGUAACCACUCACUGAUUUUCGGAUUUACAAUUAGAAAGUCCUGAAUAAUCCAACACAUCAAAACUAAGAUGAUGAUUAAAGUUAAAAAUAAGAUGAUUGAAAAAUUAAUGUAAUAAUGAAUUCCGUCUAUUUCAGAGUCAAAUUAUUGGCUACAGACGCAUUAGCGAUGAUGCACUAAUGUAAAUGAUGAAUAAGAAUAGCCAGUUAUCUGGUGAUGGCGUCAGCUGGUAAUCUGUUACAUGUGUGAAGACACCUGGAAUAGAACUUUUGUCCAAAAAAUAUGGUAAUCGAUGACGUCUGUGUUGAUUACAUUCAGGGAUUUACCGGACGCGAAAUCUUGCAAUUUACACGCAUACAAUUUGAAAACGGACGCAAAAUAUAAACAGAUUGCAUCCAAUACAUGUUUGGAAAUGAAUGCUGCUAUUUCAUAAUUUGGUAGUACUUAAAUAUUAAUUUCCGAACGUAAUCAUUCAAAUAUUCCAUACAGACACAUGCUUCACGAUCUUCGAGCGCCAGCAUGUUUACAUUAAAAGAACUCCAUAUCUAUUUAAAAGUAACAGCCUGUGAGCAUGCGCAAGCUUACGUCACUUGUGUAAGAGUCUUUGUAUUUACUUUGGGUGAUUUCGCUUGGACCCCCGUUUUUUAACCUGACAUUCCUACAAUUAAAUUAAUUAACCCAGGAAAAUCUCUGGAUUAAAAUAAUUUCUGAAUUCCUGAGACCUAAUAGCAACACAUAUAUCAUUAUAUAAAUCAAAUCUAGUCCGUCAUACAGACGCUGAAACAAAUAUAUCCAAUACAGCAAGUCUACAGUAUUUGGCAAGUCUAUAUUAUUGCAGUAUCAGGCAUCUGAAAAUUGUUGCAGUAUCAGGUAUCUGAAAAUGAAGAAAAUCUCUGGGAUCCUUUUUAUUAUAUUUUACAACUAUGAUUUAACAAUUAUCUUUUUCUGUAAAAUGUUCUUUUCAGAGACUAGAUUUUAGAAUCAAAUUAAACCAUAAUCUUUUCAAACUGUGUGUUUAUCACCCGAAACAAUUUGAGUCGAAUUUUACGAGUGUCAGAGAUCGAGACACGUCCUGCAUGGGGCCCGUUACCCAAAGUGAAUUUAACGUUAAGUUUGUGUUAAGGCAUUGGACUUUCGAUUUUAGCGGUUGAAACUUCAAAUUUACACGAUAUAUACACGUACAGUAAACAACAACUUUGGGACACAAAAUGUACACAUUAAAAGGCAUUAUUGUAUUGGUAAAGAAAAUAUAUGUGCGCCUCCGAUCGUAGCUGCACUGUGCUGCCUCGCCCUGUCUUUACUUCUAAUCUGUGAACCCGUGGAGCGAGUGAGUGAAAUAGGUUUUUCUCUCUGUAUUACAGUUAUAUCACGGUGAUCUACAAACAGUCGAGUAUGGACCAGACUGUGGUUGAUAGCCCGAGCAAAGGUCCUAAUUUCAAUCGUCUCGGAUGUACGAGGCGUUAUCCCCUGGGCAAGCAGUGCUCCGCUUCUCAUUCAGAUAGCCUUGUGGUUAAAGUGUUGCUCACUGCGUGAAGUAUAUUUUUAUCUCCAGUCGUAUAUGAUUUAUUAUAGCUAAAAUGGAUAGAAUUAUCGUUAAACCGCCCGCAUGUUAUCAGAAAUGAGCGGUCCACUGUAACUUGAUAAUGUCCUCAUAUUGUUUGACGACGGGCCAUUAUCACGCCCGUUGUUAGGUGACGUCAUCUGGUUUGUUCUGUGACGUUUCCAUAAAAGUGGGUCAGUGACAUUCAUUGUGUGUUGAUUGCAGUAAAUGAUUCAAAACCCAUAUUGUUGUUUAUUUCUACUUGAUAACAAAUUCUAACCAUUUCAGCUAUAAUAACCGUAAUUUUUCAGGGCAUUACCAUUUGCAGAAGCCGUCGCACUUUUCAACUCCUUCGUCGGGCAGUUAAUGAAAGACUUCGGGCAAAUGAUAAUGCCCUGAAAAAUAACUUUACCCUUAUAAUAUUGCUUAAGGAAACCUCAUUCACUAUUAUAUUAUCAACGUGUGUCAUAGUCAACUUUGUUUGUAACGAUGUCAUAAGGUAUAGUUAUAAGAUUCUCCUUUGAGGAAUUCUAAAGUAUCCGAAAUUCAAGGCUUGAAAUCGGAGUUAGUUUUCCCUGGUACGACUUCGUAGAAACCGAUGUCUCGGUAGGUACGACUUCCCUAUUACAAAAGUUUGGUACAUACGAAUUAGUUUAAGCCGAACCGAAGUUGUUCCCGAAUUUUAGGUAGAUUUAACUUCGUUAUUGACGAAGUUUCGACAGGCACGACGACGCCGUUGCCGAAGUUUCAACAGAAACGACGCUGUUGCUGAAGAGUCUGUAGAUACCACUUCGUUAUAACCGACGCUGACUUAUUAUGAUAUGAGAAGGAAGUGCCAUUAGAACGGAACUGCUAAUAUCGACAAUUAAAGGUUGUGUUUCUGCAUUCAAUGCCCUGGGCCCGUCCCACAAGGCGACCGUAGGGCUGUCAUAAGUCUAUGAUAAAGUGUGGGAGUUACGAUCACCUUAGUGCUACAGUCGCUUUGUAGAACGGGGCCCAGGGUUCAUCUCAUGUGCUUCAGUUGAUGUUCCGUGAGUUUAACCACAUGUUUGACAGGUUGUUUUGUUUAUGUUUAUUUAAGCAUAUACUGUUGUUGAUUGUUUGUUCGAUGUGGACACUGUGUUACUCCUGUGCAUUCCUAUACAGAAAUCCUCUCAUCUGAUUCUCGCAACAUCAGGUAUUCCACUAUCAGUUAUAGUUACCAUUUCAUUUUCUGCUUUAUGUAAUUUUGAAAGUUAACACUCUACGUAAAAUAAAAUAUUCAAAUACAUGCA